UGUAAACACACUUUCAGACAGACAUGCAGGCAGGCAUAACUACAUAAAAACGUGCGCAUACACACACAACUGAACUCUGUAAUGAUACCUCAACUAUUAAAAAUAGCAAUAAAACGCCAACUGUAAGCGUAGCAUAAUGGAAAAGCUUCAGUCUAUUCAAGUACGCGCUGAGAGAGCCUCUGACUGACACAUUCCUGGCUGGUCUAACUUCAUAAACUCAACAAAAACUUCUUGACAACAAACAGUCAUCGUCUUCCUUUUGCAUAAUUAUGUCAUUCCAACGCAGUUACAGCAAAGUUUGGUGGUGUUCCGAACAUCAAAGCAAUUCAAACAUAAAUAAUCCCCAUAUGUUUGUAAACGGUAGCAAUAACUUGACAGAUGACUCCUCUAAUUCACACUCUUCUUCGGCGACAUCAUCGCGACAGCAGCAAGAACAUCAUGGCGAAGAAAUGUAUCAUUCAUUGGAUUCAAAUCAUUAUAAACGUUACACUGGCAAUUUGUCGUGUAUACAAGAGCAUGAGGAUGAAUAUAAUAGCUCGAAAUUAUCUUGGCCCAUACACAACAGUCCCGGCAGUUUGAGAUCGCAGGAUUCCGGAUUUUCCGAUAACGAUGAUUGUCAUAUAAUGCGAACUUUAAGUGGGCGUUCGUCAAAGCGAAGAUCACCCAGCAAUAGAUCGUCACAUAGUUCUAAGAGCCAGAUGGGUUCACCAUCGUCAACACGGAGCCCUGCUGAGACGCCACCAACUAUUGUAAGACGAGCUGGCCGUUCAGAGUUUUAUACGCCCUUAGUAAACGUAACGAGACGAAUAUCGUUUGGCCCUUCUCCUACGAAAAUUGAAAAGAAAGACAACUUUAAAGAAGAUAACGAAGAUAACCUAAUGUGCCAGUUGGAUGGCACAACAUUGGUAAGCAAUACUUCGCUCGGCAGCCCUAUAAAAACAUCAGAAGUUUCGAGUUCCAUUGUCCAUGCUAACCUUACAAUGGAAUCGUCCCCUAUAUCUCGCGUUAAAAGGCGUAAGAAAGUGGAACGUAACAGCUUCAAGCCUCUGUCACCUACUCACAAACGUGAAACAAAAUGUAUUCACUAUCAGCAAGAAGCAGAAGAAAGUAGCUUUUUAAAUGCUUUGGAACGAACUAGUUUAGCUGACUAUAGCAAUGAGACAGUUUGUGUUGGCGAACAGCCGCUUUGCUCUACACCACCGCCACCGUAUAAUAAUGAAACUGUUAUUUUAGGCGGACUCGCCGAUGGUUACCAACAGCAUUUUAAUCAUGAAUCUGUGUUAUCUCUACGAUCGCAAGCGCAAUUUGAGGGCUUUACUAGCACGCCAAAGAAAGAAAAAUUCUAUUCAUCGCCCACUUGCACGCCGCGAUCGCCAUUCAAGUAUACAGAAUAUGAAAAUUCCUUAUUGAAUGGACAUUCCCCGUCGUUACACAGUUGGCUCGAUAAUUUGCGAUUUAGUUAUGACCACGAAGUAAUGUCUACUCUACAAACCAAAUCUAUAACUCUGGAGGCAUAUAAAAAUUUUACCAUUACUACACAUACAGUGGCUAGGCUGUUACGUCAAUUACAACAGAAGGCUUUGAAUAUGCAAACUAUGUUCGAGCGAGUGGAACAGUCGAUUACAAAAGCACAACCAACUUCCCUACCCGAAGCGCUACGUGGGUCUACAAAGCUAAUUGAAGAAGUUCAAGAAUUUACUCAAAUUCUUAGGCGUCGUACUGUGUUCUUCUCCGAAUCGCGUAUCGAACGUAAACGUUAUGAAGAUCAUUUAGAUCAGAUCCGCAUGGUGGCCAAGGAUACAUUGUACUCAUUGGAACAUCAACAUUAUAUUAAUCUCCAAUCAUUACUUGACGAUGUGCAAGUAUUAAAGCGUAAUCUACUGAUAACCAUUCGUCAAGUUUACGUGAAACUGAUCAAGAUUUUAAUACAAAGUAUUGAACGAUGUGGUCAAAGUUCGGAUUUAAUGUUACGAGCCAACAUUAAUAUGAUUGCUACUCUUAUGAAUAUUGAAUACGACGGUUUUGCUUCAUUAACCGAUGCGUUCGUCCAAGCGCAAGCGGUGCGUACCUUAUUAAUCGUUUGCUUGGAUCAUCCGUUGUCAUCAGUUAGAGCUUUGGCUUUGAGGGCUUUAGCGACGGUAUGUUGUACCCCGGAGCCUAUCGCUCAAGUAGACUCGUGUGGUGGUAUAGAAAUUCUAAGAGAUAUUUUACAAGCUGUGGGGUCAUUAAAGAAACCGAAUGAGAUUAAACGUGGCGAUACGGAACGACGAGAAGCUGUUUCAUUGCUAACACAAAUCACUGCUCCUUGGCACGGACCUGAGCAUAAAGUUGUUGGCCUAAAAGAUUCACUAGAGUCUAUAGUAGAAGGAUUAACGCAAUUGCUAGUGUUCACCGAUUGCCCGCAAACAUUGUUACUGUGUGCAGCAGCUCUAAAUAACCUUAGUCGCAUGGAGCUAACAGCCCACUACUCGGUAAUGUCACAUGAAACUAUAUCUAAGUUGAUAGAGAUGGUUAGAAAGCGAACCGACCAGGAGGAGGACGAAGGCAUAUCUGUAUUUCUUUACGAACAAAUCGUGUCCAUGCUAUAUAAUAUGUCACUAAACAAGAAAUGUCACAGCCAUUUGGCCAAUGUCGGUAUAAUAAAUUUCAUCACGUCCGCAUACCAAACGGAAAUCCAUAGAAGCUACAAUUCCCGCGGUGAAAGCGAAGCCCAAAAACGUAUCAUCAAAUACAUUUUGCAUACACUGACGCGUCUAAUACAGGACUCCGUAUUGGGUAUGGAAUUACUUGAACAGCAACAGUAUAUGCCUUCCGCCAUUUUUUUUAAUACAUUGGCAGCGGAUGUUAAGCAACAAUUGCCUUUGGAUAAUAGUCACAAUAGUCAAAGUCAUGAUAUUUCUUUCCUAACCCGUCAGCUAUUACAAUUGCAACAUAAAGAAAACCUCAUACAAAAGUCAAGUCAGCAUCAUAAGCAGCAUCAGCUACAGCGACAAGAACAGCGGCAGCAGGUUGUAAGCCCGAAAGGAGAUGGUACAGAGAAAUCAAAAAUGCAACUGGCACGCCAGGAAAGUUAUGUGUAACCCGGCAUAUUUUCUUUUUUUUCUUUUUUGUUCCCUUCCCUACCCAGCAAAAACAUACUUUGAUUCUUUCAAACUUUUAAAAGCGGGUGCUUUACAUGUUCUAAAUGGUACUCAAUGACGUUUAUUGUUUGGGGUACUUUUCCAAGUGCCACAAAGUCAGUCAAGUUUUCAUUCAUUCGGUUUAUCAGCCACGUUUUAGCUUUUAGUCAAACGUGCGUGCAGUGUAAAAUAGUCACAAAGAGAAUAAUAGAAGACGAUAUAAAGUAGAAGAAACGAAAACGGCGUUAAAAGGGUUUAUUUUUUUCUGCCAUAUAAACCUUUUGUUAACAGUAAGUCCCAUGCAUACAUUUUGUAUUUCCUUAAUACUAUGGAAUUAUUAGGAUUUUGUUAGUUUUUUUAUUAGUGUUUAAUAAAAAUAACAUAACAGCAAAAAACCUCAAUCUUUAGUUUGUAAUUUAUUUUGUUUUUUUCAUGUUUUUUUGUAAACAUUUGUUGUCAUUGUCUCUUACGUAUCACCCCACGUUUUUGGGAAAAAAAUGUAGUCAUAAAUGUGCCAAAUAUAGAACAUAAUAUACAAAAAUUAUGCAAUUAUGUACAAAUAUUCUCGUUAAGUAAAUAAUCUGUUAUUUAUAUUUAAAAACUUUAGUACUAAACGCCAAAGACAUAAGAAAAAAAAUGCUUGUACGUGUUCUCAUUUAAUUUUAGUAGUGAAAUAAGGUAAAUAAUUAUAUUUUGAAAGCUUUGCCGCAUACGUAAAUAAUAAUAAAUAAACACUUACCAACACUGUUUUCUGUUUUCAACAUACAAGUCUUCUUUUAUAUUUGCUUCAGCGUAAUUCAUAUAGACACUAUUCUCUACACUUACACAUGAUAUCUGGCUUUUUUUAAAUAUCUUUAAUAAUGUCUUGAUUUCACUUGAAAUGAGCUCUAAAAACAUUACUUUAUUAUUUUAUGGAGAUUUUAA